UCAACACGUGAGGAACUGAAAUUCCUUUGUCAAGUGCUGAAUUUCGCAAAAAUAAAGAAAAAAAAAUUUGAAAAAAUUCGAUGAAAAAAUAAGCAUUACGUGUGAUUAAAAAAAAAAAGGAAAAUACAAUGAAUAUUGAUCAAGAGCCGGAGGCGGAUUUAGAGUUUUGUUAUUAUUCCGGUUCAGAGUCUGAAGUCGAUGACUCACCAACAGUGAUGAGUAACACAAGCACAAUUCAGGACGAACAACAUGAAAUUGCGCAACAUAGCGUCGAAUCGUCAAUCGAAAAUGCUACGGAAGUUGGUGAAACACUGCACAAUUUCACCGAAGACAAUGCACACAUUGAAGCGGAUGUGAUUAUGAUAUCGUCAGACGAGGAAGAUGAUGAUCGGGCAACAAUGACGAGAAAAUCGAUCGAACCAAAGCAAGACGACGCCAGUAUUAUGACGACUUUACAAACAGAUAGACAAUCAGUACUCUAUAAAUUUCAGCCUGCGCCUUUGAUUUUUGUGUCGACAGAUGAAGAAGAGGAGGAGGAAGAAGAAAUCACUGUAAAGAGUGAACCAGUCGAAGAUAUUCCGAAAAAAAAUGUGGAAAUUUCGGACGGAUCGAUUAGGAAUAUUUUGCUGCGAGAUGGUCAUCAGAAGAGAGCAUUGCUUCACAUGCGAAGAAUAAAGAAGAAAAUCAAGAAAUUGGCCAAAAAGAAAGCAACACAAAAGACAAUCAAACCGAUCGAAGAAAAACAGUGCCAAAUUAUCGAAAAUGAACCACAGCAAAUUGCCGAAACUGAGCCAGACACACAGCAGCCGGAUGAUCAAUCACAAGAACAUAUUGAAAAUGAAAAAGCUAAAGUCAAACCGAUUGUAUCAACUCCAAUACGGAAAAGUCAACGGCAAAUUAGUAAACAAAACAGAAUUGCUCAAAUGUCAGAAGAUCAAAAGGCCAACGUUUCGGAAAAUCAAAAGGCCAAAGUGCCAGAAAAGUCAAAACCAGAUCUUGUCACGCCAAUUCCAAAUGCCGAUGAAUCAUCAGAGUUCAACGAAGAAACUCCAAGUAAUGAUAUCACCAAGCUUUCGUUGACAUUCAAACCAAUCGGAG